GACAAAUAUUUGAUGGGCCAAGAUAAUGUAAUAUUUCCGUGGUACAGCACCAAGUGUGACCAGCUGCUCUUACCAAACAACAGAUCCUGACAGAUCCUCAUUGUGUCCCACACUAACCAUUCGGAGAGACACUAAAUGUCAUGUAUUGUUGUAAACUACCCAAUCAGGAACAAGGCUUUCCCCCAUCCUUCAUUAGCAUUGCUGACGCCGUCAGGCUAUAAAAAGCGAGCUCCGAGCCUUCCUUUUUUCUGUGUCUGAAGGUGGCCGUCACGAUGGCUGAUGAGAAGAAAUCGCAGCCAACUUCCAAGAAGGGCGCGAAGAAAAUCAUCAAGAAGGCGCCGGGGAAAGGCAGCAAGAAAAGGAAACGAUCCAGGAAAGAAAGUUACUCCAUCUACAUUUACAAAGUGAUGAAGCAGGUUCACCCCGACACCGGCAUCUCCUCCAAGGCCAUGAGCAUCAUGAACUCGUUCGUCAACGACAUUUUCGAGCGCAUCGCGGGGGAGGCUUCCCGCCUGGCCCAUUACAAUAAGCGCAGCACCAUCAGCUCCCGGGAGAUCCAGACCGCCGUGCGGUUGCUACUGCCCGGGGAGUUGGCCAAGCACGCCGUGUCGGAGGGUACAAAGGCGGUGACCAAGUAUACCAGCUCCAAGUGAGACACCACAGUGUGCUGACAAAAACACACAUCCAAAACCCAAAGGCUCUUUUAAGGGCCACCCACAAUUCACUGAAGCAGCUGAACCAUUUUAAGUUUGUAAUUGAUUUUGGGUCUGUAUAAUUUAAUGUCUCUAAGCUUUGUGUUUCUUUUUAUAAACGUUCUAAAGAUUAACGUGUGGUCCCUGACUCUCGGUUGCGGACAUACCCAGUCUCUUUCCUUUGCCUGGAUAUUUAUCGCCAAAGUCAUUUUUCAGCAACUUCUAUAUGUUCCAGUUACUCUUUAACCCUUGAUCAGGGCAGCAGCUACAGUGCCCCCUGGGGUAUGAUACUUGAGUUUCACUCUCGGGGGAACCAAGCUAACUGUUCGAGUCUCAUGAAUAGAUUUUGCAGUUUACUCUUUUUUUUUUCAAUUUUCAAAACUCCAUGGAGGCUUGGUCUGAUUGUUUUGCAGAAUACUGUAAAUGAGGCUUUCAGCUGUCGGUGAGACGCUUUCAAAAUGAACGGAGAUAAAACCAGAUUAGCUGUCGGAUUGCGAUACCAAGUGUGAAACUGUGGCUGAAGUCUGAUCAAGGAUAAGAAGGGAGGGCAACUUCAAACUGUUGUUUAAAGAUUUAACGCGCUCACCCGGAACAACGUUAUUUGUGGUUUUAUAAGUAUAUCAGGGUGCACUUGUAAUGUGAAAGUGAAUUAAAUUCAAAGAAAAAUUAAAUUAUUCAUUCCACUUUGCAAAACUUUUCCCUAUUUCGUACAUGUUGGAGGUUUUUCAAACUUGUCCCGGUGAGGUAGGAAGCCUGAAUAUCUCCCGUGGCAACAAAAUAAAAAAUGACGGUGCGAUUUCUGUGUUGUUAAGAUUUCCAAAUCUCUAUGUGCAUUUGUCCGAUUUUUUGUUUCAGAAUGCAGAAUGUGGGACUUUCUGCUGUCGCGCAGAGGCUUUCAAAAUGAACCGAGAUAGUCGGAAAAGUCUGAUCCAGCACAAUAAGUGAGGGCCACUUUCAAAAUUGUCUGAAGACGGUGCUGCUUAGGGAGUAAGAACGAGAGAUUGUGUGAAGUGCGCAUUUGUAAUGUGAAAGGAAAUUAAAUCGUAAGCAUUUAUGCACUAUUCUUUGUAAAACGUCUUCCUCGUAUUGUCCAUAUUGGCGGGCUUUUCAAAUCGGAAAGAAAACGUACUGGCAUCGCAAAUGUGGAAAUAUAUUGUUGAUCUAGUGCA